UAAAAACCCGAAACGUUUCAAUAUUCUCAAUGAAAGUGAAUGGUCUCCUCCUCCUCCACCUUCUUCUUCACUAGCGCGCUGGGGUUUUUUUCUGUACGGAACUCACUGAAGAAAGCAAUUUUCUCACGCAGAACGAGCUCGGCUAUUUCAGCCGCCUCAGGCAUGGAUUGCAAUUCAAGCUGUACGUUGGUGCUGCGCGGCAAAUCGCCGGCGGAAAGUCAAAUUGCUGAGGGGCUGAAGAACAGUAACGCUCUGAAGCUCAGUGACAACUGUGAGCUUUCAAUUCUGUUAGACUCGGAAUUGAAGAAACCGUUCAAGGAAGACGACGCUUUUGGAAUCGACUCGUUCAUGAACUCUCUCUCCACCGAUCGGUUCGGUAGGUUGCUGCUUUGGUCGCCGCGCUUGCCGUCGACGCAGGACGUCGUUUCUCAGAAUUUCUGUGAGCUUCCAAACGGUGCGGUUUGUGUUGCUGAUGUUCAGUACAAAGGGCGAGGCCGGUCGAAGAAUGUGUGGGAGUCUCCCAAAGGUUGCCUGCUGUUUUCCUUUACUCUGCAGAUGGAGGAUGGGCGGAUCGUGCCACUGAUACAAUAUGUGGUGUCUCUAGCCAUCACUGAGGCCAUAAAGGAUGUUUGUGAUAGGAAUGGCUUGCCAUAUAUUGAUGUUAGAAUAAAAUGGCCAAAUGAUCUAUAUUUGAAUGGCCUCAAAGUUGGAGGCAUUUUAUGCACGUCAACAUAUAAGUCGACGAAGUUCAAUGUGUCUGCUGGUAUCGGCUUGAAUAUCGAUAAUGAGAAACCAACUACAUGCUUGAAUGCAAUUCUUAGAGAAUUGUCUGCUACGACAUACCAGUUUAGAAGAGAAGAGAUUCUUGCUGCCUUCUUUAACAAAUUUGAGAAAUUUUAUGAUCUUUUUAUAAAUCAAGGAUUUCAACCUCUAGAGGAGCUAUACUAUAAGACAUGGCUACACAGUGGGCAGAGGAUUAUUGUGCAGGAAAAGAAUGACGACCAGGUGGUGGAGAACGUGGUUACUGUUCAGGGUUUAACAUCUGCGGGAUAUUUGUUAGCUAUUGGUGAUGACAAUCAGAUGUGUGAACUCCAUCCUGAUGGAAAUAGUUUUGACUUCUUCAAGGGAUUAGUCAGACAAAAACUUCACUAAAAGAGGAUGCAUCACUGGCUACGUCUCACUGAUUCAUGUGCACCGCUGGAGAAUGUUUGGUCUUUAUAUCUUUUCAUUUGUCCCUAAACGUCUGUCAACUUAUUCAAAAAAGAAUUAUAUUUUGUUUAGUUGCUCUUUCGUUAUAGAUCUCUCUCAAACUAAGAUAUGUAUUUUCUUGCAUCGCACCGUCAGUACAUAUGAUUACAACCACUGUACUGUGUUAACUUGCAAACAAAGUGAAAGAUUAUGUUGAGUAAUCAAUCAUUUGUAGAAAAUCUGGCCAUCCUACCUUCUUUGAAGUAGUGUGAAUAUAUAUGUAGUUUCUUUUUUCUU